GACAGGCAAAACCCGGAGAUUCAGCUGCCAUUCCAGCCACGGCCUCCCCACCACCACAGCCCGACCUCUUCCCUGACCUCUUUGGGGUCCCUGACGCUGCUGCAGUCGCUGCCGCCUUCCAGGCUGUCCCCGUCUCAACACCAGCUUCCUAUGACCCCCAGCCAAGGGGACCCCUUCUCUCUACCCCGGACGCAGCAGCUUUUUUUGCCCAGCCAGAUCCACCAGGGCGACCUGUACCGGUUCUGCCAGCCUCUGACUGGACAGCAGCAAGUGGACUCUUACGCGGCCCUGCCCAGGCCCCCACCCGCCCCUUCCCCCUACCAGCAAAUGCCGGUGGACCCCUAUGUCAUUGUCUCCAGGGCCCAGCAGAUGGUGGAGAUCCUCUCCGAGGAGAACAAGUCUCUACGGCAAGAGCUGGACGGAUGCUAUGAGAAAGUGGCCAGGUUGCAAAAGCUAGAAACAGAAAUCCAACAAGUCUCGGAGGCCUACAAAAAUCUGGAGAAGUCUUCUUCCAAGCGGGAAUCCCUGGAAAAGACCAUGAGAAACAAGCUGGAAUGCGAAAUCCGUAGACUUCACGACUUUAACCGUGAUCUCAGAGAGCGUAUGGAUAGCGCUAAUAAGCAACUUGCAGAGAAAGAAUUUGAGGGCACAGAGGAUAACAGGAAAACCAUCUCCCAGCUCUUCGCACAAAAUAAAGAAACCCAGCGGGAAAAGGAGAAGCUGGAGGUGGAGCUGGCCGGGGUUCGCUCAACUAAUGAGGAGCAACGGAGGCACAUUGAGAUCCGGGACCAGGCCCUGAACAACGCGCAGGCCAAGGUGGUGAAGCUGGAGGAAGAACUGAAGAAGAAGCAGGUGUACGUGGAGAAGGUGGAGAAGAUGCAGCAGGCGCUGGUUCAGCUACAGGCUGCUUGUGAGAAGCGGGAGCAGCUGGAGCACCGGCUCAGGACGCGGCUGGAAAGGGAACUGGAAUCGCUCCGCAUGCAGCAGCGCCAGGGAAGCUCUCAGACGGGCAACGCCGCCUCCGAGUACAACGCUGGCGCCCUGAUGGAGCUCUUGCGUGAGAAGGAGGAGCGGAUUCUGGCUCUGGAGGCGGACAUGACAAAGUGGGAGCAGAAGUAUCUGGAGGAAAGCGUCAUGCGUCAAUUCGCGUUGGAUGCGGCAGCCACUGUGGCGGCUCACCGGGACACCACCGUAAUCAGCCCUUCGCCCAACACCAGCUAUGACACCUCCCUGGAAGCUCGCAUCCAGAAGGAAGAGGAGGAGAUCCUUCUGGCCAACCGGAGGUGCCUGGACAUGGAGGGCAGAAUCAAGACUCUUCACGCUCAGAUCAUUGAGAAGGACGCCAUGAUCAAGGUCCUCCAGCAGCGGUCCCGGAAGGAGGCCAGCAAGACUGACCAGCUGUCCUCCAUGCGGCCAGCCAAGUCCCUCAUCUCCAUCUCCAACGCUGGCUCUGGCUUGCUCUCCCACUCUUCCACCCUCAGCAACACCCCCAUCCUGGAAGACAAGAGGGAGGAGAAGAGCUGGAAAGGCAGUUUAGGUGUUCUGCUGGGAACGGAAUGCCGCUCGGAGUCCAUCCCUUCCACCCCGUCACCGGUUCUUCCCUCCACACCGUUGCUCUCGGUGCACUCCAAAACGGGCAGCCGGGACUGCAGCACGCAGACGGACCGGGGCAGUGAGCAGAGCAAGGCCCCUGGUGCCUCCCCUGCGCCCCCCACGCCAGGGAGACUCCCAGGGGUGAACCUGGCCUACGGGGCAGAUAAAUCAGAUGGCUCCAUUUUCCAUUCCAGCACCCUAGAACGGAAAAACCCACCUCAGAAUUUGGGGCAGGACCUCAAAGAUGCAGAAAUGGUGGAGUAUCUUAUCUGAACAGAACAUGCUGAAAACAUAGCAAGAAUAAUUUCUUCAGAUACUUUUUAAAGAUAGAAAUUACAGUUACUGUCUCAUAAAGGAACCUUCUUUUGUUAUUUGUGUAUAUACUUUUCUCUCAAAGUGAUGAACAACUUAACUUAUAAUUUGUUCCAAAAUUAUUAAACUAGAUUAAGAAUUUUUUUCCUUACCUUUUUUUAAAAUUACUGGAUCUGGUAGCAGCUGGAUGAAAGUAAACCAAGGUCUUAAAUGCACUAAAUUUUUAAAAUUACAGUAUUUUUUAAAAAGUUUGUAUUUAAGAGAAACUUGUUAGCUCUCUGGAAAUCCAUAAUGCCUUUCCAAGCCCGCCAUUUUUGCAGGAGACGGGCAAUGGUGCUGCCAUGUUUUGAGUAUUAAAUUUGCAAAAGUUUCCGGUUUCCUCGAAAUCUUUGAGCCUCCAAGAGGUGAAGGGAAACUUUCUAUGUUUUCCUCCCAAGAUGAAUGUCCCAUUUUUGUAAAACAUUCCAGAACUGGAGAAAAAAAAAUAUCCAGACAAAAAGACUUUCACAAUGUGCCUGUACUUAGAAUGUUGUUCCUUUAAUGUUCAUGUCUUGUCUGAUGAGAGGUCUGGCAAAGUUUUAGGGGUGUCAUUUUCAUAUGAGCAUCAUGAUAAGGAAUAAUAUCCACUGUCCAGUUUUGGAGGACAAAGCCCGAGAGGAAGCCAGUCCCGAGGGAGCCGGAUUGUUCCACCAGACGGGCUCGAUGGAGGCUCCGAGGCAAUCUCUGGACACCAAAGAGGAGAAUCUUUAUGAAACCAGGCUAAAAGGCCUUUUUUCUUUUUCUUUUUCUGUGUUCCAUUUUCCACUUUUUCAUUCCCAAAUGGUUUGACUGUAUCUCUAAAUCCUUGUAUACUAUGAUUUAGUGCAAGGGCUUUCAAACUUGGCAGAUUUAAGACUUGUGGACUUCAACUCCCAGAAUUCCAGAGUUAACAUGCUGGAGGAGGAAUUCUGGGAGUUGAAGUCCACAAGUCUUAAAGCUGCCAAGUUUGAAGAGCCCUGAUUUAGUGCCUUACUUGAGGCAAUAUUUACAGCAGGGUCAGUAUUUUCAGAAAUAGUAAACGGUGGAUGAAAACACUUGUAAUUUUCUGAAAUGCUCCUUUCCUCACAAUAAAAUAAAAUAAAAAUAGAUAUUAAACUUCAAGGUUUUCUGUU